CUUACUCGAGAGUCUUGCCAGUAUCUCAUAGUGUUGGUUGAUGGGCAUACUUUAAGGAAGGUUUCAGAUCCAGCCAUUUACUGUUCAAAAGCUGGAAGAAGUACCUUGAUAGCUAGUUAUGGUCAUCAAGUAAUUCAGAAAUUAAAAGAUGCUUGCGCUGAUUGUUUACUGAGAUUUGAAAAUGGUCUUGGAGAAAGGUGGAGUCGUGAAAGUGAUUCAGCUAAGCAGGAAUUCAAGGAGAAGAAUUUGGGUUCCGUUGACUAGAAUGUGAUUUUUAGGAUAACACAACGUUUCUUUCCGGAUAAUACAUGCAUUCUUUAUCCAUUGAUAAUGGAGUUGCUACAUUUUGGAAUGGAGUUUGCAGAGAAGUAUGCAGGUUUUUUUGCACCAUUGGUUAAGUCAGAUCAAUUGAUUUCUUUUGGUGAUGGCAAACUGUUUUUGAAAGAUGAUCUUGAGAUAAUCAUAAGCAAAAAAGUUCAACAAUACAGUAGUUGGACCAGGAAUACUAAUGCUAUCUCGCUGGAUGAUAAUGAAGCUUUUUUAGAUCGACUUUUAGCUUCAGGAUGGUGCGCUGUCCAGUUGUUUUUUGUGUAUCAUUAUUUCAGUUUGCUGACUAUUUUUCACGAGAAGGAAACUUCUGUAAAGCCAAUGUCAAAAAAGGAGAAAAAGAAGAAAAGUAAAGAAAAACACAGAUCAGCUAAGAAUGUACCAUCUCCGAUCCUCACCGUACACGACAUACCGAACCAGGAGAUGGAUGACGAUGGAAUGGUGAGAUGGAUCCGUCCAUCAAAUAUGUUAGCUGAUGGGAUCAGCAGAGUUGAUUCUGACGGAGCAUAUAAUGGCAAGACAGCUGGAUACAGCUGUGUGAUCCGGCAUACUAAAAAUGGUGUGAAGAUUGAAGUACUAGUUGCUGUUGCUGGUGGUUCUGCGCCUGAAUCUUCAACCUAUCAUGAAUUCGAGGGCCUCCGUUGUGGAUAUCGGCAAGCUGUGAGGCACAAUCUUCAAAACGUUGUAGUGUCUUGUGAUUGCAAAACAACAAUUUUCGAAAUUGAAAAAGGAAUCGCAAGAGAAAGACAGGUAGGUAAGAACAGGUCAAGAUCAAAUAAAAUGAAGAAGAUGAUUAACGAUAUCAUUGCAAUGAAAGCGCGAAUAAAGAAUGUAAAGAUGGUGCACAUGUAUCGAGGUGCUAAUGAAGUUGCAAACAAGUUAGCGAAGAUCUGCAAGAUACCAAAACAGCAGAUCGUUUACAAACAAGAAGAUUUUGACACUGACAACAAGGUGGAGCUGCAACCAAUCAGGGGUAUUCUUGAAUCUGAUGCAAAUGGCGAAAAGUACUACCCUCACGGAAGAGUACCAUAGCCAGGCUGCACCUUUUAAGCAUUUUUUGCUACCCUUCCGUGUAGAGUUUGCCAUAGGAAAUACCACGACAGUUGUAAACACAUAGGUAGGAACACCCUGGUAGCUGUAAACACAUAUAGGUAGGAACUGUUUGCAAGAGUACUAGACUUAUUUUUAGAAGGCUCAGUAAUCUUUUUGUUUAAUACUCAGGUUUCAUUUUUCUGUACUCAGUCUUGUAGUUUCAUUACUACUAAAUCUUGAAGGAUAUGGAUUUUGUUUGUCAUUGUCUGAGUUGAUUUAUGAGCAUCAACUUUCAGACAAGAUUUGUUAACACCAUGACGUUCAAGAUGUGUCAC